CCAGAGAGGACUGAGUCAGAUGAGGAUUCUGAGCACUCAGCCCUUGCUCAGUCCAGGGACCCAGAGAGAAUAUCUGAACUCUUCUGAAUUUUAAAAAGCUCGUUCAUUUCUGCUCCUUAACCCCAAAGUUCCUGUGGCUAGAAAUAUUUUGACCAAAGACCCCCCACCCCCACCCACCCCUCACUGGAGGAAGCAAAGAUGAAGGUUUCUGGAGCCGGUUUAACCCAUUAACACACUCAGCCAUUUGCCCAACCUGUAGAGGGGAAGGGAGGUUGGCUGGUGAAGGGAAACUUCUGCUCACUGUGCAGAGAAGGUGCAGCUCAGAUGAGCCAAGAAUUUGGGAAUAUUUACAGCUGUGCCUCUUCCUGAUUUUCUUCCUGGAGGAACUGGAGGAUGGGGAAUUCCUGAGGAUAGGCCUGAGGGGCCUGGCUCCCUGGGAACAUGGUGGGAUUACCAGGGGCUAACUCAUGUAGUUUGCUCACCCAGAGCCAAACCAUUUGCCCUCUAGUCAAUUCCAACUAGCCUUUCCCUGGAAAGGACCUUUAGGCUGCGGGACUAAGCCACUAGACCAAGAAGAGAAACUGAGGCUUGAGGGUACCACGAGAUCCAAAGGAGCCCGCAAAGGGUGCUCUAGCCCCGCCUAUGGUUCUUGCGAAGGCACCCGCAGGGUGCUAAUCCCCAGCAUGGACCACUACAGAGAAGGGAUUGGCUGAAGAGUUUGGAGAGGGGGCGUUGCCACCUCCUCGCCCAAGAGUUAAAUAGAGGUUCGGGGAAGCAGGCAAGAUGCUCCGGAGAAACGCCCUCUUUCGCGGGCUUCCUGAACCAGCCAUGACCCAGACCCUUAAGCUUACUUACAGGGUGUGCCAUCGCGUCCGCUGGGCUCCCGAGCUGGGCGCCUCACUGGGCUCCAGAGGCGUCUGCUCAGCGCCCCGGAGCUUGGGGGAUAUCCCAGGCCCGUCCACGCCCGGCUUUCUAGCCGAACUCUUCUGCAAGGGGGGACUGUCUCGGCUACACGAGCUGCAGCUGCAGGGCGCCGCGCGCUUCGGUCCGGUGUGGUUGGCCAGUUUCGGGACCGUACGCACAGUGUACCUGGCGGCUCCUGCGCUCAUUGAGCAGCUGCUGCGACAGGAGGGGCCCCUGCCAGAGCGCUGCAGCUUCUCGCCCUGGACCGAGCACCGGCGCCAGCGGCAGCGGGCUUGUGGACUGCUCACCGCGGAAGGUGAGGAGUGGCAGAGGCUCCGCAGCCUCCUGGCCCCGCUCCUCCUUCGGCCUCAAGCAGCCGCGGGAUACGCCGGAACCCUGGACAGCGUGGUCCGUGACCUUGUGCGGCGAUUGCGGCGCCAGCGGGAACAGGCCGCUGGGCCGCCCGCCCUGGUUCGGGACGUGGCGGGAGAGUUUUACAAGUUCGGGUUAGAAAGCAUCGCCGCGGUACUGCUGGGUUCGAGGCUGGGCUGUCUGGAGGCCGAAGUGCCGCCGGACACAGAGACAUUCAUCCGCGCAGUGGGCUCUGUGUUUGUGUCCACGCUGCUAACCAUGGCGAUGCCGAACUGGCUGCACCGUCUAGUGCCUGGACCUUGGGGCCGCCUCUGCCGUGACUGGGACCAGAUGUUUGCAUUUGCCCAGCAGCACGUGGAGCGACGAGAGGCUGAAGUGGCCAUGAGGACCCAUGGAAAGCCUGAGGGGGAUGUGGCACCUGGGGUGCAUCUGACCUACUUCCUGUUCCGAGAAAAACUGUCUGCCCCGUCCAUCCUGGGGAAUGUGACAGAACUGCUGCUGGCCGGAGUGGACACGGUGUCCAACACUCUCUCCUGGGCUCUGUAUGAGCUCUCUCGGCACCCCGACAUCCAGAUGGCACUCCACUCGGAGAUCACAGCUGCCCUGGGCCCCAGCUCCUGUGCCCACCUUCCAGCCACUGCUCUGUCCCAGCUGCCCCUACUAAAGGCUGUGGUCAAGGAGGUGCUGAGACUAUACCCUGUGGUACCUGGAAAUUCCCGUGUCCCAGACAAAGACAUUCAUGUGGGUGACUACAUCAUCCCCAAAAGUACACUGGUCACUCUGUGUCACUAUGCCACUUCUCGUGAUCCUGCCCAGUUCCCAGAGCCAAAUUCUUUUCGUCCAGCUCGCUGGCUGGGGGAGGGUCCAGCCCCCCACCCAUUUGCAUCUCUCCCCUUUGGCUUUGGCAAGCGCAGCUGCAUGGGGAAACGCCUGGCAGAGCUCCAGCUACAAAUGGCUUUAGCCCAGAUCUUGACCCACUUUGAGGUGCGGCCUGAGCCAGGUGCUGCCCCAAUCAGACCCAUGACCCGGACCGUCCUGGUACCCGAGCGGAGCAUCAACCUACAGUUUGUGGACAGAUAGCCCUCUGGAAGCAGGCUGUCAUCAUCACGCCUGAUCACAGGGACUUAUUAGGCACAAGAUCAAGAGAUGUGUCUUCCUCCUGAGGCUGUCCAUCUGACCAAACUGGGUAGAGUGACCAUAGCAAAGUACUUGAGGCUGCCCUGAUCCAGGUGGGAAGUAUGCACUUGGCCUGACCCAGCAGGCCCUGAGAAAACCGUGUUGCUUCUGCCUACUCAGCCCUGCUCCUGGUCAUAUCAUAUGCAUCCUUCAAGGGCCAACUCAGAUCUUAACUCGUAAUGCUGGUGGCCUGAGGAGGAAUUUAAUCACUGCCCUUUUGGGGCUUCCACAGUGUUAAUGGAUGCUGUCGGCUAAGCAUUUAUCACAGUACGAGCUAAGUUAAUUGUGCAUCUGGUCUGCACCUGGUUGGUCUUCCUACUUUGCUUGUGACCUCAUUCAUGGGAAGGAUAAGGCCUUAUUCAGUCUUUAUAUUCUCUGUUAUGGCCUAUCUCUAACUAGGUGACACCAUACAUGUUGUCAGAUUGACUCUGAACCAUGCAGCAGGAGGGAUAAGCAGCUUACCAGGCUCCAUCUACCACCCUCCUUCCUCAUCUUGCCCCUAGGAGGGUGGAUCUGCCUGGUUUGUGAUUUUUAAAACUUUCUUUGGCUCUCUGAUCACUCUUAGGCAGGUUUGCCCAGAUACUUAGUUCCCAGGCAGAGACAUUAGUGGGCCUGUUCCUGCCGGAGCCUCUACCUUCCUUUAUAUAUUGAAAUUGGAAAAUAUUCAUAGUUUUUAAAUUAAAAAAUCAGAUGUUCCAUCCUUCACUUUUGACUUAUAACUCUCCCACUCUCACUUCCUAGAGGACUUGGAGGCAAGACUCUGACCCCCAUCCCCCUCCUUGAUUUAUCAGGUCCUAGAAGUGACCCCUAUAACAGUGGGAGAUCAGGAUGCCUGACAGAGUGCCUUGCAUCACAAACCUGACAUACUUCUGUCUGUAGAGAGGACAGCCAAAUAAGAGAUUCAGGGGGUGGUGGUGAAAAGUAACUGCAGGGGCUGGGUUGUGGAAAUGGGUCAGGGAGCUGGGAAUUUGCCGAGAUGGGCAGAGGUGGCUGGUUCUUUGGUAAGGGGAGUAGCUUUGGAACCUGGACUACCAGGACUGAAGGAUGUCCUAGAAUGGUCACUCUGCCCUCCCAAGAGAAUUUACUUCAGAGAAAGACAGAGAUACAAGCAGAAAAGUGGAGUCAAACAGACAGGAUGAAAGCCGAGUGUGGGGGUGGCAGAAGCCCCGGGGACACUGAGGCAGGAGGAGGGGUAUGGGUAGAGGGAGCCUCUGUUUCCCUGAGUCAGCAUUCUCUGGCCCCCCAGGGGCUGGGCAUAGUUAUUCCGUUGUGAUAUAUACACAUUAACUCAUCUUCCACCCAAAUAAAUCUCUCAGCACUCUCCUUGAAACUCCCUCUGUAUCCCAGAUUAUCUUCCCCUUGUCAGGACUUGCCCCUUUCUCCUCCUGCUCCCCCAAUUCCAAUUAGCUGGGUGUAGAUGGAGACUUCAUUUCACACUUCCUCCACCUCCCCACCACCUCGGCCCCCUGCCAUAGCCAUGAUUUCAUGAUCGUAGAAAGUCCAUUAGCCACCCAGGCUUUCUGGGGAUAUCUAUGUAAGAUCUACAGAGA